CCGCUGGUGUUUUUCCUCUGAAUCGGUCAGAUGAUUAGAUAAUAUAAAGGCCGUGGUGUUAACAGGGUUACUGAUGUUCGUCCAGACACCUUCAGGACAGACACACAUUUCUUCUUCUGUCACGUUAGACUGCGUUGGUCUGCGCUGAAAUUAAAGGUUUGUCCUUCGGAAUCUCCUUCAGUACAUUCGAAUACGACCUCGACUUGAGAAUGAACCUCAGCGUCGAUCCCACUCCUGCCCCCCUGCAGCUCAACACGACCCCUAAGCCCUUCAGUGUGUUUGAUGGGUGUGACCACAUGGUGGAAGCCAUCCUGUUCGACCUGGCAGUUCAAACCUUUAACUUGAUUAUAGGAUUUCCGGCCAACAUCCUGGUCAUCAUAAUCCUGAUCCGUAACCGGCACGAGCCCUCCACCUCCGACAUCUUUCUGGGCUGCCUGGCCUUCAUGGACGCCUACUUCGGUCUCAUGGUCCCGAUAAGCUUCCUCAACCUCUUCUACUGGAAGAGCAAGGAAGGUUGGUCUGCUCUGAAGUUCUCCUACGGCGUGAAGGACACGAGUGGGCCGCUGUUCCUUUCCUGCAUCUGUCUGGACCGCUUUGUCGCUGUGGUCUUCCCGAUCGCUUUUGGACAGUUGAAGCACAUUAAGUACAGGGUUGGCCUGGCAGUGUUUGUGUUCUGCCUCACCUUCGCGUAUGCCUCAGCUAAAACCAUCGGCGGCCUCCCUAACUUCGAGAAGAUCUUCACAGGAGAGGUCCUGGCCACGUUCACCUGGAUGUUGAUCUGCAACAUAUCCAUUCUGUGGGCCCUGAAGCGCUCGCGAGGUGCAGGCAAGGACGAGAUGCACCCCAUGAAGAAGAAAGCCUUCAAGAUGGUGCUCUCCAUCCUGUGCAUCAUUAUUGUUAACUACCUCCCUCUGGUGGCCAUGUUCCCCUUCCAGGAUCACUACUCACCUCAUGCCUUCACCUGCUACGUCCAGCCUGUGGGAUACGCCUUCCUGAACAUCAGCAGCAGCAUCCAGCCACUCGUCUACCUCUCUCGCCUGGAGAAGAUCCCCUUCCUGCCAGACUCUUUGGUGAGGAAGCUCCGCUGUACGAAAAAACCAGAGCAAUCGCCAGCUUAGAGCCUUACAUCUCCACAAGAAUCGAGCGCUCAGAUUGGUCCAGAUUUCGAAAACGUUCCCAAAGUUUUACAGUCAGCUCCAAAAUUUUUGGCACCCUUUAUAUAAAUAUGAAUAUAAUAAUAUGGCUCAUAUGUACAACUAGUUUUAUUCUGAGCGUAAAGAUUUUAAUGUUUAAUUUUAGUGUGAUUCAUUUCUGCAAAAUUAUUGGCACCUUUGCACUCGGUAAAGCCUCCGCUGAGGAGAAUAACUGCACUGAGUCUCUACCUGCAGUGUCUAACAAGGUCGAACAAGCUUGGCCCAUCCACCUGUCAUUCAAUUCAGACCACAGGUUUUCAUAAGGGAUGGAAUUCCAGAAAUUGGGAAUUAGUGGCAUCUAGAAUAAACUAAACCUGGGGGGGGGGGGUUGUUUGUUUUGUUUGUUUAUUAGGGUAAAAAAAAUAUCAACAGAACAGAACAUCUGGAAUUUCAGAACAAUUUAAUGAUUGUUUCAUAAACACUUUAAAAGAAUGUCAUUAAAGCGCACCUAUUAUUGAUUUGAAACGGGCCUAAUUUCAUUUUAAAGCUCUCAUGCAAUAGAUUUACACGCAUCCGAGGUGAAAAAACGCUUUAACGUGCUCGUAAUUUAAACUGCAGCGUUACCUUUUUCCCCCAGUGUCACAAACGACUCGUUAAAUGAUCCGUUCUAAAUGAUUUGUUCUAAACUCCUCGUUUCAGAGAGCAUACUCUGCUCUGAUUGGUCAGACGUCCCAGUCUGCCGUGAUUGGUCCACGUUACAAACCUACGUAGAUUAGUACAAGAAGUAAAGUCUGGAAUCACUAACGAGUCGAUUCAGCUGUUCAAAAUCGAUUCCUUCUUUUGGUAGUCGGUAACUCUGUUUGUCGUGCGCGUCGAUUUUUGAAACUUUGCAGACUUUUCACAUUCACAAACAGCUACGUAUAGAACACACUACAUAAAAGGGAAUAUUUGAAAAAACAUAAUAGAUAUACUUUAAGUGAAUUCUUAUUGGAAAGAUUUUUGGUAACAUACUGUCAAAAGACAUAUUUAUACUCACUGAAUCAAUGAAUUGAUUUAUUUUCAUGUUUAAUGUUUAUAUUAUACAGUCUUCUUGGCCUGUUCGCUUUAAGGAUGCCAGUACUUCCAGUACAUGUGGUGUGUGAAUAAAAUGUUCUUAUAAUAAAUAUUUAACUUGUAAGUUUAAUUCCAGAAAGAAUUCCUUGCACUAGCGUUUGCGAGCCGGAAUACUGUUUAACAAGCACAUGCUGUUUAAAGUUCUGAGACACAGAAUGUGGAUUAAACCUUUCAGUGAGUGGAAUUUUGGCGCCAUCAUGUGUUUCAUGUUUACACAGUCAUGUGGAAAUCUCUGGAAAUGUUUAACGUUCAUAAUGCAUAGCAAUGAUACCUUUCGCUUAAUAUACACCAGAAUGGAGAUAUAUUUUUUAUUCACAUUUGGCCUAUCUAGCAAUCAUUAGAUACAGGAUAUUUACAUAUUUGAUUCAUUAAAUUCAAAAUAAAACUUCAUGUAAUGGCAAAUAAAUAAA